AACCAUUUGCUUCCCCGUGCUGAUCCAGCUAUCCCCUCACCUUCAAGUUGCUACUCGAGAUUAUCUCCAGAAAAGCCCGUGCCUCUCCUCAAUGUAAAUAAAUUGUAUGGAUCCUCUGCGAUCAAAGAAGUUGCCUACACUAACGUUUUCACCUCGACAAAUUCGCCGUGCUCUUCUACCUCAACGUCAUCUGCCUCCUUAACUCUUCCUACCACGAAUUCUUUCUCAACUGUAAAUAAGCCACUCUGCGAUGUAAAAACAUCCAAUGGAAAACCCGUACCCUCAAAGCAAAGCAGUAAGAUGCACAAUUAUGGCUUUUCGCGGCCCCCACGAACGGCGAUGGCUGUAAAACAGCCCUGUAAAAAAAUCGACUCAUUUGCUGCUAGGCUUAUUAGCGUCGACGCCCUUGUGCCGAAACCCAGCCCUUCCCCAAAACUGCACCAAGUAUUCUUGGAACAGAACGGCGGCCUACACCCUUUUAUGCUUCUUGGUGAUGCUAUUCGUCUUAUUUGCCUCAUACAUUUUUCUCGUGGUAAUUGUCACACACAAAUGGUCAAUGAUCUCGUCGUUCUGUGUCAACAACGAAGCAAUCUAGUCCGUACUCCUUACCUCCGCAUUAAGAGCCAUUCCGGACUUGUGUCGGUGCUCCAAGGAUUCCCUUACGCUUGCGAUUCCAUAAAAAACGAUCAGCUAGCCUGGCUUUUGGAGGCUCGUUUUCUCCGAGCCUUCAUAAUUCCAAUAACGGAAGAGAAGAAUCUCAUGUCCGACGCAGCCAACACUGCUUCACGAGUAUUCACUGAAAUAUCAUUAAAUCGGGAAGUUUCCUGGAACGUAUGCUGCCCACCUCAGAUUUUGCUUCAAGUUGCCUGCAUUAUAUUCCGCAAAAAUGCGUUUCAAUGCCUCGUAGAUAUGAAGUCCAAAACGGAAGCCAACACCAUUCCAUUUUCUGAGCCGUCUUCUCAGCAAAUUGGUCCAGUUGAUCCCAUAAAUAAUGAGAGAAAUCCCUCAAAAGAUUCGGAUAACUCAAGGAAACCUUGCUUCAGUGUCGCGCAUUUCGACUGUGUGCUUUCUUCCCUACUCCCGAUUUUUUACUCCUUUUGCGCCAACACAAUUACUCUUGAUGCAGAAAAACGAGCUGGAUUCGGAUUUUUGUGUGACCUUAUAGAAACCAUUUAUAGAAUUUUAUAUGUCGGUGAUACCUCAAAUCCUGCGGAGCCGUCCAAGACGAGAAAUCUAAUUAAUGAGUUGGAAAACGUACAUAAACACUUCGAACAUGCGUUCAGGCGUAUACGUGACAUAUAUGCGUCCUUUGUCUCUGCAGGCGCCUGUCUGGCGGCUAGAUACCGAUUGUCUGUUUCAGCAGACCCCGAAAGUGCGAAUCACAAGCUGGAUAAGGGAAGAGCACGGCUGUUUCCUUCCUUAGAUGCAGCUCAAGCCAAUGUCCUUCGUAUUCUGAAGCUAGAGUUGUACCCGGACCUUCUCAGCAUUGUUACUUCCGUUAAUCAGCUUAAAGCCUGGAUUGACGAAUGCUUGAAUGAAGAGCAAAUUUUGAGACAGACGAAGACCUUCAUCUCAAACAAGGACGACGAAGGGCUAGUGACAGACAACUUCCGCCUCAUAGAAUCGAUCUUGGAAACUGAGAUCCAGGCUUAUGCCGACUUU